CACAGCACUCCCAGAGGUGUUUCCGUUGGAAAGGGGAUUCCAGGGAUUCUACACGUUUGAAACUCUCUCCCUCGUGGCGUUAGUGAACUAGUUCUCAAACAGGCAAAUUUAUUUUACUUGCAGCGCGUGUCGUUAGACUGGUGUUGAUGGUGGACUACUUUUAAGGGAUAUUUGAGACUCUUUCGCGCCUGUCUUGGUAACAAUAGUGGGCUAUUUUACUUUAACAAGCGACUGUUUUUUGUCUUCACUGGACUGAGAGGGCAUGGUGGACAACAAUAGGAUUGUUUAUUGUGCUGUAUGAAACCGUCUUCAGAGAAGAGUUCAUGGAGGAAAAUCUUUCUCGUUUGUCUUCAGUAGAUAAACGCUGGAGUCGUCUCAUGGCGUUUAUUCACGUAAUUAGGAAAUAUUGCCGGGCGUAGUUCCUUAUCAUUUUUUUGGUGGACUACUUUAUUUUUUAUUAUUAAUAUUUAUUUCUCUUUUGUGGACUUUUGUUUUUAGCAUUUUUAUCACUUGUGUGGAUUACUUUGAAGACGAUGAAGAUGGUAGUAGGCCUAUUUGUGAAGGCCUAGAUGAUUUUUUUUAAAAAUCUAUUUGCGUACGUGUAUAUUUACUAUAUUUACAGUAUUUGUGUAGAUGUGUGUGUGUGUGUUAUUCUGCGUAUAGAUGUCGUUGAUGUGGAUGGUAUUGACUUGGAUGCUCGCUGCUGCUCCUGUACUGUCUGGGAGCGGCACGCCUCAACAGGACUGGCACACUACAUAUGCAGACUCUCCCCUUCCUCAGGAAAACACACACAAUGGACAGGAAACGCCUGCAAUCACACACACACUCACACUCACACACACACUCUCACACACGCACACACACCCCACCAGGUCAGUCCCACCCCUGAACACACACUCUCCUGCUGACACACAGACACCAGACAGCCCUGACCUCGCACACACCCCUCACACACACACACACACCUCACCUCACCGGAGCACAAACACACACAACACUCCACAUACACCCAUCACCUCACACUCAUCACUCUCACACACACGUCAGUCACACACUCACACACCUUCCAACUCACACACUCUCUCCAACACACACGAGGGUAGGGCAACAACACACACACAGUCACAUACAUUCAGCUCAGCCGUCACAGAGCGUACAAACACACCUUCACGGUCGCCCUCCCAUACACACAUUCCCACAGAACACACACACUCUCGCACACACCCCGCAGAACACACACAAACUCACACACACACCGCAGCCCUCAGCACUAGUUCCCAUGGCGACUCCCAAUCGCAUUCAGAGGGGCGGAGUCCUCGCAGCAUCAGAGACCGUCCCCUGGUUACCAUGGAAACCAGCCCGGCCGGGACGGCAACAGGAACAGGAACAGGAACUCUGUCCCUGGAAAUGACAUCACCACUCAGUCGUCAACACGACAACAGCGGAACAGCGGUCGUUACGGAGACUCAACCGUCAGACAGGAGCAAUGCAGCGCCGCACAGCUCUGCUGCUGAGGAUCUAGACGUCACCAAUCACACACAGACAGAGUCAACAUUCCUCCGGCAAAAUAUUGUUAAUCACACACAGACAUCCAGCCGAGACAUUGUUAACCACACACAGACAUCAACCCUGUACACUCCGGAUCACAAACAGACAACAUCAAUAUCAACAUCGACACUCCAGACCCCAGGCAAUCACACACAAACAUCAUCAACUUUGACCCUUCGCACCUCCGAUCGCACAUCCACACUGGAAAGCUCUGAUCCGCAAUAUGCUGCCCACACACACACAGGUUUCACACCAACACACACAGACACCCUCAUAGGGACAGAUGACUCACACACAAACACACAGAGAGACACCAGCACCAAUGCACACACACACACAUUCCCAAACACAGGCGCACUCACACACACACUGAAGGACACUAACACCGACACAUACACACUCUCAGACGCAAACACACGCACUUACAAUGACACACGCACAGAAGUUCCUGAACUUGACACACACACAGAAGCCGACAUUGGAAAUGCACUCACACACACAGCAGACAUACACACACACACCACAGCACCUGAGCUACACACCACAACUCCAUUUCCACACACACACACCGCACACACCACUAACACACCACUAAUACACACACUCACACCACAAACACACACACAUGGAACAGACAUACAAACACACACUCCCUCCUCAUACUCUCCUCCUCUCCCUCCCUCCUCCUCUCCUCCUCUCUCUACCUCUUCAUUCCCCUCUCAAUCUCUUCCUCUACCUCUCUCUCCCUCCACUCCUCCCUCUCACUCUCCUCCUUCAUCUCCUUUUCUCUCUCCUGCCCCUACUCUUCCUACACACACCCAGACACCAACAAACACACAAACGCUCACACAACCAAGUACACACACUCAACCAGAUACACACACACAUAGUGAGCUACUGCCCACCCCUCCCACGAGCCACACACACACCUCACCUCCCCUCACACACACACCUACACUCACACACACCUCCUCUCCGCUCACACACACACAUGCACACGUGCACACCACAGCCUGCCACACACACACUUCACCUCAACUGACAGACAGACACACACAGAGCCCAGCUCCCUGGCCCCGUCCCCAACCCACCAGCUCAUCUCCGGAUUGGACACACAGAGGACGAGUCAUCAUCCAAAAGGACCAAUCACCACACAUCAAAGAGGAGUAUUUUCAGCUGUUGUUGCAGGUGGAGUUUGAAGAAAACUGCAACUCACGCAUGGACACAUCUACAACAGCAUGGAUGGGGCCGUACCUAAUGAGAGCAGCAGGAUACAGGAGCACACACCUCACAUGGAGCAGUGGCUGUGUGUUCCAGAGUGUGUGUGUGUUCCAUACCGCCUCGUCUCUGUCUUGGCUCAGAGGGCCGGAGUCUGUUCUGCAGGAGGUGGGGUUAACACAAGCCUUAGAGGAGGGGCUUAUAAUCCAGGAAGUUCGAGUCAAGAAUAUCACAGUCGGAGGUUUCCAGGGGGAGGUCUGUGAUUGGCUGCUUCAGUGUGGCGAUGGCUUCCAGUGCGUUCCCAUUGGUGGAAACUUUACCUGUCGCUCCAGAUGCCACUCCCCCUUCUGCCACAACCAGGGGAUCUGCAUCCAUCGCCCGGGGCAACAGCCGUCCUGCCAAUGUCCCGUAGGUGAUGACUGGUGGUAUAUGGGCGUGCAGUGUGACGUCCGCAUGACCCAACAAAGGAUUGUGGGACUGUGUUUGUCGGCGGUGGUUGCCAUGGCCAUUGCUAUGGGCCUCCUGUGCUACCUCGUGAUUCGCCGAUUCAAGAUGCUGCUGAUUGAGGCCAAGAUAGAACAGACACGCAGCAGCUAUCGCAGGUUUAACCACUUUGAUGAGUUGUCAGCGCGCUAUUGGUCACGUGGUGGGUCAUGUGACUCAUGUCUGGAUAACCCCGCCCCUUCCUGUCGAUCUGACCAAUGGCUGCAGCUGAGGGCUGCGCAGAGGAGCUGUUGUAACCACGACGACACACUCUCCCUCUGCUCCAGCGCAGCACAGCUCAACACCAUAUAUGGGUCUCAGUACGGUUGGCAGGUCAGUAACGUGAGUCUGGCGGACGGCGUGUUGGACUCUGGGAAGGCAUCUGACCUGUCAAUCAAGAGCGACAUGUCAAUCAAAAGCUACGAGAUCGAGCCCAUACAGUGGACUCCAUAUCCACUACUACACACACUCUCACAGGCCCAGUCUCAACGGCGUUCCUACUGUGAAGGAAUGGAGUUGGUGGAACUGGAGAGAAGCUGGACCGCUUAACACGCACAAACACACAAA